CGUUGUGAAUGUAAACAAAUGACAAGUUUUCCGGGACACGUUGGAGCUUUUAACGGUGUGCAAUUUUGACACAAUAUAAAUAGAAUUGACUCACCAAAAGUAUAAAAUGAAGUAUAUACGGUUAAAUAGUAUUAUUUUCUUUGAGAAAACCGAAGUAUCAAGAUUACUGUCAAUAAACGAAAUACAAAACGAACAUGUUAGCUGUACAAGCACUUCCGUGUAGGCAAAUGGAAAAUGUUUUGACAAAACAGCCUCUGUCACAAAAUAGAACAGUGGAAUUAAGUGAAUCGACACAAAUAUUUGAAGGUGAUGUAACAUUACUGGAUCAGAAUAGUGCAUUUUAUUUCAAACAUUUGAUAAAGAAAUACAGACGACAAAUGGGUGAUGUUGAUAAUUCCAAUGUAUGUUCGGGUGGAUUACAACAAUAUCUCAUCAAACAAGGAGAGAAGAAAGAGAGGCAGAGACUCGAGAGAGAAAGUACAGGGCAGGAACAAUCCAGAUUUGAGCAGCUGCCUGUUGAUGUAAGACUGCAUAUAUUUUCAUUCCUGACUGCCAGUGAUUUAUGCAGAUCUUCACGAGUUUGUCGCAGUUGGUAUGACAUCACAGAGGACAAUUUGCUGUGGGCAGGCCUUUUAGAACGAGACAUUAAACAUUGGAAUAUGAUUGGCCAUAACACCAACCCUGCCAUGUAUAAAGAAGUUAACUCUGACUGGUCAAACAAGGAAAUAUACUUAAGAUGUUCACCAGAAGUGACAAAAUUGAUGCACCAACAAAAUGCUUUAUUUAGCAACAUUUCAAGCAUGCUGCGUUAUUUUUUACCAAAGAAGACACCUUUAUUUGCUAUGUUUGGACCUGGUUUAGAGUCAAAUACAAGUGGACUAGUUAGAAAAAUCAUGGAAGAUUCAGAAUUUCAAAGUGUUGGAAUGUUUCCAGGAAAAUUUGAAGGUGUUGGUGGUGGUUUUACACUGAAGAGUCCUGCUGGUUCCCAAUUCAAUUUAUCAGUGAUGUACUCAGCAUCUAAAAGAGAAAGAGAACAAGCUAAUAGGGAUCGUAACCAUGGGAAUAAAUUUAUGAGAGUGAAAAAGAACACAGAAGGAGAAGAGAGUUAUGAACUUCUUCCAAAUGUACAAGAUUUUUGUAGAACUGUUGACGGAUUUAUUUAUGUUGUUGAUUCAUCACCAAGCUGCCCAGCAGUUGAAUCUGGAUUGAAUGAAUUAUUGGCCAUGGUGAGUGAGAGAUGGUCAGCAACACAUGUUCCAGUCCUUGUUUUAUCUACCAUAGUGCAGGCAGGCACGCCCAGAUUACCAUGCUGUGAUAUUGUUGAAAGACUCAAACUUGCAGAUCUCAACAGACCUUGGCAGGUACGAGACUGUUCUAUCGACACAAGGGAAGGGGUAUUAGAAGGCUUUACAUGGCUAGCAGAACAAACUCAAAGGAAGUAAAUACCACAGAAAGGAAGUAAAUACCACAGAAAGGAAGUAAAUACAACAGAAACUACAACAAAAAAGUGUUAACUUAAGGAUCUCUGUUUAAGAAUGUUACGGAAAUUAUAAAUUGAGAUUGUAAAUGAUCACACAUCAAUAACAGAACUUUGGUAGCUAUCACAUAGUUGUUUUCCAAUUUAAUAUAUCUGGCUCCACUUUCUGAUGAAGAAGGAAAGCUAUUGACUUUCACCUCUUCUUGAGGUUGAUAUUGGUUAACAUUUUUAUAUAUUUAGAUCCAUUUCUUAAGAACAGAAAAAGCCAGUAUAUUCAAACAUUGAUUAUGUUUGUCAUCAAAAAUGGAAACAAUCAACAAAGUGGUGACAAUGUUGAGGAUUGCCUUUAGACCAGUUCUUAUUUCUACUGUACAUCAGUGCUAAAUACAUUAAAGAAUUGCAAAGUAAGAAAUAGACACUAUAAGGGAAGACAUUUUAUGUGACUAUUUAUUGACUAGAGCUGUGAUCAAUUAAUUGUUAUUUCUACUUUACGUUGUUUAUUGUUUUGUGUAUUCUUUAAAUAUAAUAAACAUUGUUUACAUUUAUAUGUACUAUACAUUCCAUAUAUUUAUCAUUUGCACAAUAUAUAAGUUUGAAUUAUUCAUAAUAAAUUAAAGAUGUUUCAUAAAGA